AUGUCGGAUCAAAGCAUUCCACAUUUCCGUCCCGCCACGCUUCCUGGCCAGUUCCCAGAGAGCGAUGUUCGUGGCGCUGCCGCCAGAGAGGCCGCAAAUGGCCGUGAAAAACAUCCAAGCUGGGAGCAGCAACGCAGGGAGAGAAGGAUCACACAGGGCCAGGCAGACACAAGGCCAACAGAGAGACUGGGCGCCGAGCAGCAGCAGCAGCAGGAUGAACAACAGCUUCGGGAUGAGCUGGAUGUCCUCAACAGCGACGACGAGAUCAAGCGUCAACUCCGGCGUUACAUGUGGACCUUCGACGCAGCUACCGCGGGCGACAUGAUCAUCUCCGACGCGACCGCCCAGGCUCUCCGGUGCCACGACUUCGACCUUCUGGGUCUCAUAAUCAGGGUGUGUGCCCUGACUGAGACGGUUGCAAAUGCCGUGGAGGCUGAGCGUGGCCGCGGCAUGACCCCAGUCACGUCACCCUUCACAUCUCGUGCGUCAGUCGAGGUGAUGCCGGGCUCGUCUCAUGCAGCUGUCGGUAGCAGCAGCCCCAGCCCCAGCAACAAUGGCUCCCGUCCACUGGUGGAGAUUGUACAGAUCCAAUCUCUUGAGCCUGUCGCUGAUUAUGCGCCGGAGAGCACGGGGACGACUGAGACGCCGCCGUCGCCGAUUCCCGUGAAAAGGGCCAGGGCCAGGAGGAUGACAACCCCGGCCGCACGUGGUCCGGUUGUCACGCGAUCGGGCAGGACGGUCAAGCCGGCUAAGAGGCUGGGAGAUUGA